AUGCUCCACGAGAUCCUCCUCUCCCUCUCCGGCCAACCGUCCCCAUUGUUCAAUCUUCGUACCGAUGAGGAUGCCAUCUCUGAAGACGCUUUUCCUCUCCUGUCACCUCCCGAGAAAGCCCUCCUCACCUCCCUUGCGCGCCUGAGUCGUCUACACGCCAAGUUACGAGCCCAUACAGCUUCUAUCUCGGCCUCACAUCCUUCGGUCGUUUGUCGAGCUGUUUCAACAGCAAUAAGCAAGCACCAUCUUGGCAAUUUUCAAAAGAAGAUACUGGAGGUGGAGGAAGCCAUCUUGACUGAGGACAGCGGAUAUGUUGGCGGCUAUGGUAUCGUGCCAUUGUCAACAAUUGUCGGGGAGUUCUCUCCUUGGACACGGCGUUUAGAAUGGCUGUGGGAAGUCGCCCGGGUAAUAAAACCCGAGCAGCCUCAAAGCAAGUCCCACGGCUGUACGGGAGCUGCGCUGAUUGACUUUCUCCGAGCGGAAUCGCAGACCGGAUAUCAAGACCUUGAAGAGAUGGCGCUUCACAUGAUAGGCGUGGCGGAGGUCGCAUGGAUGAGACAACUAUCGACGUGGCUACUCUAUGGAAACCUUCCAGUGCUUGGGAGGGAGGACUUUUUCAUCCAAGAAGAACCUAUGGAUGGGAACACCCCCUCAGUGGCGCCGAGCUUUGCCCUGCAUGUGGAUCUCCAGCCGAAAUUUGUUUCGUCGCAUACAGCGUCCUCCAUCUUAUUUAUCGGCAAGACGUUGAACCUGAUCCGAGCAAAGAGAAACAACUCCAUAACCAGUCCUUUAGUCGGCUUGUCAAUAUCGCCGGCCUCCCUGCAUGGAGAGCAUAUUGCCCAGCUUGCAUCCUUAAAAUCUCCUAUAUCUACCGCCAAGCUAUCCAACGCCAUCAGCUCCAUUCGAUUAUCUCUAUCUCAGAGCACGCUCUCGAAGCUUUUGCCGCUUCCCAAGAUCCUUGAAAUUUUAUCAGUUCUCCAUGACUUCAUGCUUUUAAGGCGUGGUGAAUUUGCUUCGGCCCUGGUAUCACAUGCCGAUGCCCGGUUAUACGAUAGACGCCGGAGACCCGAGACGUUGGCAUCCAGAGGCAAGUCUCGUGAGGGGCUUGAACUGAUAACCAUCAAAGAAGGUGAUGUUUUAUCGGCUCUUUCCCAGGCGUGGGCCGAGCUUUACUCGUUACAGAACGACGAAGACCCGGGGGAUGAUGCGCUAGAUCUUGCCAAAGACCUUUUCAAACUUUCUGUCUAUGACAAACGACAUGCUACAGCGUCAGGAACGGGCUCCAGUGACACGAGCGCUGUUAUCUCGGACGUCUCAUUUGAGGACCUCCUCUUCCCAGCUCCUACGGUACUCUCGGUUCAAGUACGGCCGCCCCUUGACCUGUUCCUUUCGGCAUCCGAUAUCUCCAUAUAUUCGAAAAUCCACUCGUAUCUGCUGGGUAUUCGACGUGCACAACUCCACCUAAGCGAUCUCUGGAAGCAUAGUUUCCUGCGGAAAAGCUAUCCUUCACCCUGGGGCCCGCCUAGGAGUAACAGCGCUUUCGGACAGAACAAACUCCGUAUUGGCAGAGAACGGGACAAUACGCGGAUUCGCCAGAUGCGCCCAAUCUGGGCCACAAGUAGCGCAUCUUUGUUCGUGAUGUCCGAGAUAGGAACGUACUUCCAAGGAGAAGUUAUUAAUGGUUCCUGGCAACACUUUCAAGAGUGGAUCCAAGGCACACCGCCUCAAACAGGGUCAAUGGUGAACUCUCGACCAGGGACUUCCUCGUCGAAAACCACGCCCGACGAUGCCUCAGCCGGGGGUAACAAGGCCCCUGAAACCAGCGACAACCAAUCCAGACAGAAUCCAGUACAACGUCAUGACCCUGAAACACUGACCAUUGCCCAUCGGCGAUAUCUGUUUUCCUUGGUGCAAGCGUUGUUUUUGACAGACGUGCCGUUUACUCAGUCCCUCCGGUCCUUCCUCGCGAAUAUCGACCACUUCAUUGCCCUUGUGAUCCGACUAGAGAGUGUUCAGCGCAACAUGGACCUAGAAACGGAUGAGGGUGUCGUCGACGCUCUGGUGGAUUAUGCCGGAGAAGAGAGGGAUAUCUGGCAUGCGCUUAUAUCUGCGCGCGAUAAUCUCGAAGCAGGCAUCAAGGAUGUCAUAUCACGACUGAGAGACAUUGAUGAUAACCGAGCGGGGGAUGGACGGAAGAUGUUUGACACGGCGAGAAGCCCACAGGAAGGUUGGUCGAUGCUUUCGCAGAACGGUUCCAAUCCCAACAUCGGCUCUCAGUAUCUUCCCAGAAAGGCAGCUGGUGUUGAUCGACUCCUUAUGAAGUUGGACUUUGGUCAUGCCAAUGCAGGGAUGAUGACAGGAGGCUUUCCUCUCACGAACUGA